CCAAGGCCUGACUUCCGUUUCCGGGGCGGCAACUCGGCUUCCGGCGGCGUGCCCCGAGCGCGCCUUCUCCGCAGGUGUGGCGGCCGGAAGGGUCUGCUUGCAGCCGAGACUGUUAGGCCUUCCAGAAACAUUUCUAUCAUGUCUGACACUCAAGACGUUACCAGCCAACUCCUGGAUCUGAACCUUCAAGAGAACAAGAAGUCUGUGCCAGUGAUGGAAAGUGGCAUCCGAAGUGAGACUGAGCAGCUCCAGGUCACUAUUGGAGCCACUGUACCUACCGGCUUUGAGCAAACAGCUGCAGAUGAAGUCAGAGAGAAACUGAAGUCAUCAUGCAGAAUCAGCAAAGACCGGGGCAAGAUAUAUUUUGACAUUCCAGUGGAAAGUCUGGCUCAGGUUCAUUGUCUGAGAUCAGUUGAUAACUUGUUUGUGGUUGUUCAGGAGUUUAAAGAUUAUCAGUUCAAAAAUACAAAGGAAGAAGUUCUAAAGGACUUUGAAGAAUUGGCUGAAAAGCUCCCAUGGUCCAACCCUUUAAAAGUCUGGCAAAUUAACACCAGUUUCAAGAAGAGGAAAGCAAAGCACAGAAAGGCAAACCAGAGUGCAGGUAAAGAGAAGGCCAACUGUGGACAGGGAGACAAAGCAGAAGAGAAAGAUGCUAAGAAGCUUACCAGCAGCACUUCAGAACCGCAGAUCUUGGACUAUUAUGAAAAUCCAGCCAUCAAAGAAGAAAUAUCAACCUUAGUGGGCGAUGUCUUGGCAUCUUGCAAAGAUGAGACUGGCGAAAGCUUAAGAGAAGAAACUGAACCACAAGUACAGAAGUUUAGAGUCACCUGCAACAGAGCAGGAGAGAAACACUGCUUUACCUCCAAUGAGGCUGCGAGGGAUUUUGGGGGUUCUGUUCAAGAGUAUUUUAAGUGGAAGGCUGAUAUGACCAACUUUGAUGUAGAGGUUCUCCUGAACAUCCAUGAUAAUGAAGUCAUUGUCGGCAUUGCAUUGACAGAGGAGAGUCUCCAUCGAAGAAAUAUUACACAUUUUGGACCUACAACUCUUAGGUCAACACUUGCCUAUGGGAUGCUGAGGCUCUGUGAACCUAAACCUACUGAUGUAAUAGUGGAUCCAAUGUGUGGAACAGGGGCGAUACCAAUAGAGGGGGCUACUGAGUGGUCUCACUGUUACCAUAUUGCUGGGGACAACAACCCACUGGCAGUGAACAGAGCAGCAAAUAACAUCUCAUCUCUGUUGACUAAGAGCCAGAUUAAAGAUGGGAUGGGCUCCAAGAAGAGAAACUGGAAUCUAUAUCCAGCUUGCCUUCGGGAAAUGAGCCGUGUCUGUAGACCAGGGACAGGCAGAGCUGUACUGCUUACUCAGGACAAGAAAUGUUUUACCAAGGCAUUAUCUGGAAUGGGACAUGUGUGGCGAAAGGUCCAUACAGUCUGGGUGAACAUCGGGGGCCUUCAUGCUGCAGUUUAUCUUCUAAAACGCACACCUCAAGCCUUUGUUCAUCCUUCAGAACAUGAUGGAGGAAGACAUGCUCCUUGGUAAUGCAAAGAAUGAAGACAACUGUAUAUUUAUAGUUCCUAAUGCUGGACAUGUCAGCUUUGGGAGAAAAAUAGCAAAAAAAUAACUUAGCAAUGCAGUCUUUACUGUUUACUCCAGAACGCUUUGUUAGCAAGGUGACCGUAAUGGUAUUUCCUGAGAAGCCUUGGCUUCUAAGUUUGAGAACACUUUAGGUCACGUUCUAUCACCUGUGAAGCCUAAUGUUCUAUAGCCUGAGUUCUUUAUAUCACCCUCAGAAACUAAAGCAUCCCUCAAGACCUAGUUUACCAUCUGCCUUAAAAUAUACACAACCAAAACAGGGCAAAGGUGCUUUGUGUGACUAUUAGUAAUAAGACAUUACUAAGUAGUCCAAGUGUUGGUAGAUGACGUAUGGGAUCAACAAGCCAAAUUAAAGCAAUUUUUCUUUUAGUAUACAUGUCUUACUUUUCAAAACCCAAUAAACAAAUAAAUAAAUCCUGUCAAUGUUUGUGGGGGAGCUAAUGUAUCUUUAAAUGAAACCCUGACCUGGGAGGCCUAGUUCAUCAUUCAGUUCUACAGUUGUACCUAAUCCUUACUCAGAUAGUGCUAUGGGAAAUGAAAUUACCUCAGUACUCAUCAGUCCCGCAAUAGUGUGUCCUAAAGCAAGCCCUGCUUAAGCUUUGAUGGGAAGUUAUUUUGGAGAGUCUGGCUUCAUUCAGUUUAGAUUUUCAUUAUGGUGUUUCUAUUUAGAACAAAGGACACAGUACUUCCUUUCUUUGAAAACAGAACCCACAUUGACAGCAUAGUCAGUAGCCAGUUGGCUUGGAAUUACUUAGUAGAGAAUGAACUGGGAUUAAUAAAUUUGUAAAGGUUUUAUAUCCUAGAUGGGCAUUUUUGCAAUUGUCAAAAUAAAUUAUUGAUUGAACAAAUUUACAA